AUGGGAAAGCCACCCGCCGUCAUUUUUAUCGUUAGACAUGGCUCUCGUCUGGACGCUGUGGAUAAUCAAUGGCACCACUCUUCUUCGACCCCAUACGACCCGCCAUUGUCUUACGGAGGAUGGCUACAGUCGCGCGCCAUAGGUGCGCGCAUUGCCAAUCUACUCGAAACCCGGGAGGACGAAACCGAUGACUCACAGCCGCAGACACACAACGCAGUGGACAAUCCGAGCACCUGUGCUUCAUGUGAAGCUGAUGGCUCCUGUGGUACAAAGGCCCGAAAGGCACGUCGGAGAAAAUCUAAGGUCGUCGUUCACACGUCGCCAUUCCUACGCUGUCUGCAGACCAGCAUUGGCAUUAGUGCGGGCAUGAGUCAGUACAGAGGCGCUUCUGCGGCAUCGAAACCGUCAGACUCGAAAUCAUCGAGCAAUUCGGAUGUAAGCUCAUCUGCAGUCUCGUCACAUAUUUCGCAGCCGAUGGAUAGUUCGGACAGUUCGGCCACUGCUGCCGUGGAUAAAGGGGAGGCCAAACAUGAACGGGAUCUGGUCAGAAGUGACGACAGGAUACUCCUGCGCGUGGAUGCAUUCUUGGGCGAGUGGCUCUGCCCCGACUAUUAUGACCAGAUUAUUUCCCCUCCUAAUUCUUUGAUCAUGGUGACGGGCGCAAAAGCUGAGUUAUUACGACGGGGCGAGGACAUUCCCCGGCACGAUGGUCACGCGAAAUCGAUUUCUGGACACUUCCCUGGUGGCUGGGGUAGCUCUUCGACCCCUAUAUCUCCUGAAGGAGAUGGAAACGAUCCAACAAGAUAUAACUCAGCAAUGAGCUUUGCACUCGGACAAAGACAUCGGGCUGGCAGCUAUGACGGGCCCUUCAAUCUUGCCGGUAUUGGCAGAGGCUUACUCCCCCGGCUGUCAACAGACAGCGAUAUCUCCGCUAGCCAUGGCUAUGUUCCACCCACCCCAACAUAUGCCGUUUCGACGUCAGAACCGAUCCCACCUGGCUACGUGGCUCAUGCUAGGGACGCAUGCGUGGAUGUCGAUUAUCAAUGGGACAGCAUGCGAGAGCCGUACAACUGGGGCGAUGGUGGCGAAUAUGGAGAAGAAUGGAGCUCUAUGCAUACGAGGUUCCGCAACGGACUUCAGAAGAUGGUCGACUGGUACCGAACGCAUCAUUCCGCUGAGCGGGAGCGCCGUGAGUCCCGCUGUGAAAAGCAUGCAAAUACAGAGCCUGUGGCGAGUGAGGAGGAUAACACAGACACAGUAUUGGUUUUGGUAACCCAUGGCGCAGGAUGCAAUGCUCUAAUCGGAGCAUUGACGAACAAGCCCGUGCUUCUAGAUGUGCCCAUGGCAUCUAUUACGAUGGCUGUAUACAAGGGCCCUUCGUUCGCGACAGAAGGUAGUGAGGCUAAAAACUCCACAGCCGAUGUCCCCUUAUCCCAAGAAUAUGAUGUUAAGAUAGUCGCAUCCACCGAUCAUUUUCGUGCAGCACCUACUGCUGCACCACCUCAGAGGCCGUCUUCUCCCAAAGUCCCUAUGUCUAUACCUGCAGUGCCUUCUUACCGUCACCGUGUUAGUUCACGAGCAUCUACAAAAGUCGACACUAGCACCAUUGGCGAGUCCGCAACGCGCAGUUACACUAGCCAGCGAGCAUCCAGCUCCGAAUCACGUCCGAGUCCGGUUAACCGUGGAUCUUCCGGCUUAUGGGCUUCUACCUUGGCAAAUGGCGGCGCAUCCGAGUCAGGGGACGAUAUCGUGCCUGACUUUGGAGAUCCGAAACCUGCACCAGGCGACAAGACUCAACCAGACGGAGACGCAAACGCACUUCAAGGGAAACAGGGAACAUGGUCGCAGCGAAUGCCGGAGCGUACCAGAUCCCAGCGAGGUCUCUGGGGUAGUGCACCGAUGAUCAAUGAUGGUGAACUCGGCCUGAAGCGUAGAUGGACGGUCACUGAACGCCGCCGUUGA